GAGGCGGGAGCGCGCAGUGGAUUCUGUCCGAACUCGAGCGCGAGGGGAAAACAGCUUCUUCACUGCUCAGCUUCACACGGACACUAAAAUGUAUCAUCUGCCGUCUGCUAACCGAAACAGCAGAGACUUCCAACGGGAUAUAAAAUGCUGCAUCAUGUUUUGGGAUAAUUUGGCAUCUGAGCAUUAAUUAUAUUUAUAACAUUUCAUCAAGUGUCCUGUUGACUGAAAUCCGUGCGAGUGUUAGGAAUAUCACAGACAGGUGCUGAAAAUGGCAACCAGAUACCUGAUGCUUUUUGCCUUGGGGACUGCGGUGCUUGGCAGUUCGCAUAGUUGCCCUGAGCAGUGCAAAUGCUCUGAUAAAUUAAACCACCAGUUUACAGAUUGUGCCUACAGAGACCUUCUGGAAGUACCCGUGGGCUUGCCGUCCAAUGUGACCACCCUGAGUCUUACAGCUAACAAGAUUAAAGUGCUGAAAUCCAAAAACUUUAUAAAUGUGACCCAGGUGACCUCUCUUUGGUUGGCUCACAAUGAAAUCGUCACCAUUGAGAGGGGCACUUUUGCGCCAUUGAUUCAGCUGAAAAAUAUGGAUAUUAGCAACAACAAAAUUGAGCAUUUUCCAUGGGAAGACUUGAGCAAUCUCGCUGCUCUGCAGUUGUUAAAGAUGAACAAUAAUGACAUGGUCAGUAUCCCCAAGGAUGCUUUUUCCAACCUGAAGGAACUGCGUUCGGUCCGUAUUAACAAUAACAAGUUUACCACCAUCGUGAAGGGAACGUUUGAGCCGUUGAUUUCCAUGUCUCACCUUCAAAUCUUCCACAACCCCUUCACCUGCUCCUGCAGUCUUGAGUGGCUCAGGGACUGGAUCAGCAAAUCCACGAUCUCCAUCCCUGAGCAAAACAACAUUGUCUGCGAUGCCCCUUCCCACCUCAGAGGUACUCAGGUCACUAGCAUGCCCAAACUGGACUGCAAGACCCCGUCCGUGUCCAUCACAUAUCAGCCAAACAUAGAAAAAACCGAACUCUAUGAGGGAUAUACGGUCAUGCUUUACUGUGAAACAAAAGGAACCCCUAAACCUGACGUCACAUGGGAGAUAUACGCUGGAAACCAACUAAUUGCAUUCCCUUUGCCAGUCUUUGUUGAAAAAAUUGAGAUUCCAAUUAACGGGCCACCUACGAAUGACAGGUUCCUUGUGUUUCAGAACGGCACCUUGAUCAUCCCUCAUAUUAGCAAGAAAGAAGAUGGGAACUACACCUGCUCUGCUGUCAAUGACAUGGGAAAAGUUGAGCGCUCUGUGAGACUUGUUGUUUUGGGCACCAAAAAGCACGCCAUCAAUUCCAUGCUGGACCCAAAAGCAUCCAGCUAUUUACCAGAAGACAAACCUGGUUCAAAAGGCUCCAAAAACAGCGUUAUGUGGUCCAAAUCUGGGGAGAAGGCAAAGAGCCUUCCAACCGGAACAUCUCUCAUUACGGUAAAUAAAGAGCAAGUGGAAGAAGGGACUUUGCCAUUUGUUGGCAAAUGCGGAGUAAAUGAUGGCACUCAGUACAUAUCCAACCAUGCUUUCAACCUCAGCUUGGACGACCUCAAACAGUACACGUUUGAUUUCGGAGUUAUUGCUCUGGAAGUUUCAGAAACGGAGGCCAAAGUUCAGCUGAACCCUUUCCAGAUGGCCAACGCAAAGUCAAACCUUCACCUCAGCCAACAACAAGACCUCCAAACUGUGAAUAAGGAGCCUUUUAGUCUUUUCCAGACGUCCACCAAAAAGUCACCCUUGGACAUGUUGUACCUUUGCAUCAGUACUGGCAAUGGACAUUCAGUGGUGCAGUGGUCCAAGAUAGAGGAGGGCGUCAACGCCUAUCGCUUCCAGGGCCUCAAGCCAGGCACUAAUUACACCCUGUGCCUUACAUACGGGGGCCAGGACUGUCAAGUCCAAGUGGUCUUCACAACUAGAAAGAAAAUCCCAUCUUUGUUAAUUAUAGUGGUCGUUAGUAUUUUUUUGCUAGCUUUGGCAACCGUGCCCCUGCUGGGUGCCACCUGCUGCCAUCUGCUCUACAAGUAUCAAGGCAAGACCUACAAGCUGAUCAUGAAGACGCAAAACCCAGAUCAGAUGGAAAAGCAAAUCGCCACGGAUUUCGACCCCAGGGCGUCUUUCGUGGGAUCCGGGAAGAACUUCAACCCGAGUGAGCUAGGAGAGGAAGAAGGCGAGGCCGAUGGCGAGGAGGGAGACGGAGAAGGCGAGGACAUCGAGGGAAGCGUGGUUACCGAGUCCAUUCCCGAGUCACAAUCCAAAACACAGGAGGAGUUUGAGGUUGGAUCCGAGUACAGCGAUCGGUUGCCGCUCGGCGCUGAAGCGGUAAACAUAUCUGCCGAGAUCAACGGUAAUUACAAACAAACCGGUUGAGAUGCCUGUUGUCUGUUUGCUCUGAAACACAUACAAACCAGGUGAAUACAGACUGUCAUCUCACGUAACACAGACGCAUUUUACCUCAGAAGGUUAGCAGUAAGUGCAUACGAUGAGUGUUCAAUAUUAUAAACAGGGUUUUUGAGAAUAUAUCGAGUGGACUAGACUUAAAUGGACAAAUCUGUCUUCAGAAAACCUCAUAAAACAACCCAUUUCCCGAAGUCUCGUCACUUUAGCAUAAUCAUAAACGUACGUUGUCUCAAUAGUAGCCAUUAAAAGCCAUAGAAGUGCAUAUUGUAUAGUGGACAUCCAGCGCUUCUGAGGGAGAAAAACAAACAAACACCGUUACUCUUUCCACAGCAUGUGUGUGUCUGGAAAACCAGCCAGGUCACCUUGAAAAAGAAAAUCGAAAAAAAAAAAAAAAAAAGUGUAAGUGUAAUGUGGGAUCCCAAAAUGUGUGAUUUGUAAUCUUUUUGCAAACGGGUGCUUUAAAAACAACUCUCGCCUUUAUGAACUGACGAUGUCUUUCUUCUCUUUGAGAUAGCCUUCUUGUUCGUGGCAUGUCACACAAAAGUAUUUUCAAGUGUGUUUUAUUAGGAUACUAUAGACUCUAGAUAUUACAUGUCGAUUUGUGGUGUAAGCCAAGUAACCUGAGAAGAUGUUCUCUCUUUUUAUAUAAAUAUAAAUGGUCCGUUUUCACCAUCAGUCAAAGCGACAUCGCAAAUAGACGCAUAGUGGCUUGUUUCGUGUCCAACUGUCCGAUGAUGUUGUAAAAAUACUCAAACCUUUUAAAGCUUUUGAUAUGAUUUUAUGUACGUGACCUUAAUAAAAAUAUUGUACCAAAAAA